UGGCUACCUCCGCAGGCGUGUUGCUAUGGCAACCAUAGGACGCGCAGCGGGCAGAUUCUCUCAUGGCUUUCUUCGGACUCACGCAGCUCGGCUAUCAGACUCCAUUACGGGCUGUCAGCCUCCCGGGCAACGGGCAAGGGACAGUCUUCAGCCAGACAGCGGACAGUGGAAAACACGAGGAAAGUCACAUAAAGCUGCCUGCGCUUGUUCCCCGGCCUCCUACUGUCAGUCAUGGGAAGUAUCAAGAGAUGCGGAGACGACAUCAAGACCUAAGAACCCCAAAACAGACUCAGCGAUUGCCUGCAACUGCUGCUCAACAGUAUGGUUGGUGGCUUCCUCAGGAUCCGAAAUGUAAAGCAGAAUCUGUUCAUCCAUGGAUUGGCUCUCAGCGUUACCCUCAUAUAAACAGUCCUAUGACUUUGUUUGUGCAACAGAUGUACCUUACAGACAAAUCCUUCCGUCUUUUCUAAGUGAGCCAUCUGCUUUUGUGCAGCCUCCAUAUCUAUCCAAUCCCAGUAUGAUUUCUGCUGUGCCAAAUUCUCUUUUACAUGCCCAGUAUCUAUGGAUCUAAUGCUCAGAGGUUAAAUAUGAAAACAUUCUGCUUUCUGUUGGCUGUGCAAAUGUGAGAUAUCUUAUGGCUUUGAAUAAUAUUUUAGUGGUUUGAUCUAGAACUGAUAGCUGAUAAAUCUUAUGAAAGUAA